AUGUCUAAAAAGAGACUAUGGAGUGACGACCACGCUUUAGUAUCCGUCGGCCUGCCUCCAGAAACAGAUAAAUGGAAAAGAAUAAAGAUUGAGAAUCCGUCCUUCAGCGAAGGUGUAGACUUCCUUUACCAGAAGGUAACUUCAGAGCUGCAAAAAACAUGUCAUGGCAAAAUAUCGCGAGAUAUUAUAAACGUACUUUCAGAUAUAUCAGCCUGCGCUCGGUGUACGCUGAGGUUUCUGUCAAUAAGAGAUUGGAAUGUUUAUUCGGCGCCGGAAGAGUUAUUAUUUGAAACUUUUCGCCGAAUAUGUGCAAAUUUUGAUGUUGAACCGCUGUCUGAGACGCGUGCAAAUGUGUAUACUACGGAAGAGAUUAUCUCGCCACGCGAAAGUCCAACUAUAUGCCCUUUAUGCUUUGAUCUCCUUCGUUUUGCAGAUAAACUCGACUGCGUCUGGCCAAUUUGUGAGAAGUACUACGCGCACGAUUACAAGGUGACAGAUUUCAAUCUGAACAUAGUUCUUCCUUCUGGUGUUAUUGUGAAGAAUCAUUCGGCUUUAAUCCGGAUACAACGACUGGCGGCAUUCACUGGAGACUAUGUUGUUGAUUUGAAAGCCCCAUACAAGUCGUUAUUGGGAUCGUCGAUUCAGGAAGCUCUUGGGUUGCAACAUUCAUCUGGUAGCAAAUUCUUGAUAAACGUUGAAUAUUGCCAUCCAGAAACCCAAGAGAAUCAUCGUUUUUUGACGCGAGUAUCUUCUGCGAACUUCCAGUUGAAGAAGAUCAAAGUGAAGGGAAAGGAUGUAUGGACGGGUGAUUCUCGGCAAAACAUCGCGAAAGCUCUGGCUGUCACUGGUGACGAUGAUUUUAUUGAAUAUGGCGAAUAUCCUCCAACGGCAGUCACAGAACGAUUUCAAAUUUUAACAAUUCGAUUAGAACAUUCUCCUAUUUUUGUUGGAGGCAGAUAUCUCAAACUCUCUCGAGACAUCAGUCAAACCCCUUGGGUUGUCAGUGGCUCACGAUUAACUGAAAAAUCAGUGUCGGAAUGUAUUGGUGAAAUAUUGAGGGAAAAAUACAGAUGCGAUGAUUACAACUUUGUUUCUGCUGGUAGAGAAGAUGCGAACGUCAGGAUGCUUGGUAAUGGGCGACCUUUCUAUUUAGGAUUAAUUAACCCAAGGGAACCGUGUUUGUCACAGCAUGAAUUGAAUGACGCCGAAAUGGAAAUUGCUGAGCUAUCUGGGAAAUUGAUACGCGCUCAUAAGCUAAAGCCUAUAGAUGAAUGUCACCUGCCUACCAUCAAAACAGGCGAGGAAUCCAAGUAUAUCUUUACAAGUAUGCUAGUAUGGCUUUCAAAAAUGGUCUCUACAGAGAUGGUGAAUAAGUUAAACGAAAUCGGGACUUCAGGCAUUACUAUUGAUCAAUGGACACCAAUUCGUGUGCUGCAAAGACGCGCGUUAAUGGUUCGCAAAAAAAGGAUACAUAAUCUUCUUGCUGAAGCUCUUGGGGAACAUUUCCUACGCAUUGAGUUAAGAACGGAGGCUGGAACCUACAUUAAAGAAUUUAUUCAUGGUGAUCUGGGCAGAACAACGCCCAGUUUGGGUAAUCUAGUUGGCUGUGAUGCAGAUAUACUAGAGUUGGACGUUAUUGAUGUUGAAUUGGCGUGGCCUCCGGAGGACUGA